AUGAAAAUCUGUCUCUGGAAUGUUCGUGGUGCUUCAAAGGAUAAAUUUAUUCCACAUGCAUGGAUUAUUGUGGAGGAUCAUCGUCCUUCCAUCUUGGUUAUGGUUGAAACAAAAUGUGAAGAGUAUCGGGCAAGGGAGGUAAUGUAUCGUCUCAGGUUUGAUGAUUGUAAGGUUAUUCCCUCGACGGCUAAAAGGGGGGAAUUUGGCUUUUUUGGAAGAAGGAGUGAGACAUCGUAUGUGGAAAGACAUGCAGCAAAACUUACCCCCCCCCCCCCUCAGACUCCUUGGCUGGUUAUGGGUGAUCUCAAUGAGAUAACAAGUCAAGCUGAUAAGCAGGGUGGUAGACCAUUUAGAUUUUCUCAAUGCAAGGAUAUGAACAACUUUGUGGACGCUGCGGGUCUAGUUGAUUUGGGCUAUGAUGGUUGUCCUUUUACUUGGACGAAUGCUAGGGAUGGUGCAGCACUCAUUCGUGAAAGGUUGGAUAGGGCUCUGGUCAACUCACCUUGGCUUCACAUCUUCCCUCAUACUAAGGUACACCAUAUCCCUCGUACUUAUUCUGAUCAUGCUCCUAUUUUAAUUUCUUUGGAUAAUCCUAAGGUUGAUGGCCCCUCCCUUUUCGUUGUAAAGAAGUUUGAAGGGAGGGAUCAUUUUCUGACCAGUAUUAAGAAUUGGAAUCAAAAUGUUUUUGGUAACCUCUAUUAUAAAAGAAAACGUCUUUUAGCUAGGAUUAAUGGGAUUCAAUUAGCUUUAGCUAAUAAGUAUUCUGGUUUUUUGGUUAAUCUGGAAAGAGAUCUUUUAAAACAACUCGAUGAUAUCUUAAAUAAGGAACGACUAAUAUGGGCUCAAAAAGCUGGUAUGAAUUGGCGAAAAUAUGCAGAUUAUAACACUAAGUACUUUCACAUUUUGGCCAAGAUUAGAAAAAGCAAAGGAAAAAUUCUCACUUUACAAAAUGAUCAGGGGGAGUGGAUCACAGAUCAAACAAGUUUAAAGUCUUUGGCGGUUAAUUAUUUUAAUAAACUUUUACAAACCACUCAUGUUUUUAGCUCGUUCAAAAAUUCAGGUUUGAGUCCUUGUAAAAUCUCAGAUACGGACAAAACAAAUCUUAUUAGGGAGGUUACUAUGGAAGAGGUCAAGUCUAAUCUUUUUAGUAUGGACCCUAUUAAGUGUCCCGGUCCCGAUGGCAUUCAAGCGGUCUUUUUUCAGAAGCAUUGGGAUUCUUAA